CAAAAUCAGAUCAGCGCUACAGUUUGUUACCACUGAAGCUGUGAGCUGUGCCGAGAGAGGUGGAUUUAGGUCAGCGCAAGGAUUGGACCGGCUGAUUGCAGCCCUUAACAUUGGCGAUUGCUGCACUCUUUUCCACUAUUUGUGGGCAGAUAAGAGGACACCCAAAGUAACAUUUAUUGAGGGAGGAAGAGUCAUUUUUCGUUUCAAUUAGCUCGUUUAUCAGCCUAACAACUUACGGACAAUUUCUUACUCGUAUCAUCGACAUCUGGCCUUUCUGUGAAUGCAUAUUUCACAGUUGGGAAGCUGUAUUACUGCUGAAAGAUUUUAAUUUUAAAGAGACUGAGGCGGCUGAGUAAACAAAGUACAACUGACAAGAAGCCCACCAACCACCAUGGAUAACGCUCACACAAAGAGUGUUGAAGAAGUUUAUAGCCAUUUCUCUGUCAACGAAAGUACUGGACUUGGUUUGGACCAGGUGAAACGUCAAAAGGAGAAAUGGGGCUCGAACGAGUUACCUGCUGAAGAAGGGAAGUCUCUAUGGGAGCUUGUUGUUGAACAAUUUGAAGAUUUACUUGUACGAAUUCUUCUGCUGGCAGCUUGUAUAUCUUUUGUCUUGGCCUUGUUCGAGGAUGGAGAAGAAACAAUCACAGCCUUUGUGGAGCCUUUUGUAAUCUUACUCAUUCUUAUAGCCAAUGCCAUCGUGGGUGUGUGGCAGGAACGCAAUGCUGAGGAUGCCAUUGAAGCCCUAAAAGAGUAUGAGCCUGAGAUGGGCAAGGUCUACCGCCAGGACAGGAAGACCGUUCAGAGGAUCAAGGCCAAAGAAAUUGUGCCAGGAGACAUCGUAGAGGUUUCUGUUGGAGACAAGGUUCCUGCAGACAUCCGUCUCUCUUCCAUCAAAUCUACAACCCUGAGAGUAGACCAGUCUAUCUUGACCGGCGAGUCCGUCUCUGUCAUCAAGCACACCGACCCAGUGCCUGACCCCCGAGCUGUCAACCAGGACAAGAAGAACAUGCUCUUCUCUGGCACCAACAUCUCAUCUGGCAAGGCUAUUGGUGUGGUGGUGGCUACGGGCGUGAACACUGAGAUUGGUAAGAUCCGUGACGAGAUGGCAGCCACUGAGCAGGAGAAGACCCCCCUGCAGCAGAAGCUGGAUGAGUUCGGGGAGCAGCUGUCCAAGGUAAUCUCCCUGAUCUGCAUCGCUGUGUGGAUGAUCAACAUCGGCCACUUCAACGACCCCGUCCACGGAGGCUCCUGGAUCCGCGGCGCCGUCUACUACUUUAAGAUUGCCGUGGCCCUGGCUGUGGCCGCCAUCCCCGAGGGUCUGCCCGCUGUCAUCACCACCUGCCUGGCCCUGGGCACCCGCCGCAUGGCCAAGAAGAACGCCAUCGUCCGCAGCCUUCCCUCUGUGGAGACCCUGGGCUGCACCUCUGUCAUCUGCUCCGACAAGACUGGCACCCUCACGACCAAUCAGAUGUCUGUCUGCAGGAUGUUCAUCCUUGACAAGGCCGAGGGGAACAGCUGCUCUCUGAACGAGUUCACCAUCACUGGCUCUACUUACGCCCCCGAGGGAGAAGUGUACCAGGAUGGCAGACUAGUGAAGUCCUCUGCGUACGAUGGUCUAGUGGAGAUUGCCACCAUCUGUGCUCUGUGCAAUGACUCCUCUCUGGACUAUAAUGAGGCCAAAGGUGUGUAUGAGAAGGUUGGCGAGGCCACAGAGACGGCCCUCACCUGCCUGGUGGAAAAGAUGAAUGCGUUUGACACCGACAUCCAAGGCCUGUCCAAGAUCGACAGGGCAAAUGCCUGCAACUCUGUGAUCACGCAGCUGAUGAAGAAGGAGUUCACCCUGGAGUUCUCCAGAGACAGGAAGUCCAUGUCUGUGUACUGCACCGCCAACAAGGCCCGCUCCUCCCUCGGAAAGAUGUUUGUCAAGGGUGCCCCAGAGGGCGUUAUUGACAGAUGUACCCAUGUUAGGGUGGGCACCAACAAGGUUGCCAUGACCCCAGGCAUCAAGGAGAGGAUAAUGUCUACAAUCCGAGAGUACGGAACGGGGCGUGACACCCUGCGCUGCUUGGCUCUGGCCACCCGGGACGCCCCACCCAGGAAGGAGGAUAUGGUGCUGGUCGAUUGUGCCCGUUUCGCUGGUUACGAGUCUGGCUUGACCUUUGUGGGCUGCGUUGGCAUGCUGGACCCUCCCAGGACAGAGGUGGCUGCCUCCAUCAAGUUGUGCCGCCUGGCCGGCAUCCGUGUCAUCAUGAUCACCGGCGACAACAAGGGCACUGCCGUGGCCAUCUGCCGCCGUAUCGGCAUCCUGAGCGAGGAGGACGACGUGGACAAAAUGGCGUUCACAGGCCGCGAGUUUGACGACCUGUCUCCCCAGGCACAGCGCGAUGCCGUGACCAACGCCCGCUGCUUCGCCCGUGUCGAGCCCUCCCACAAGUCCAAGAUCGUUGAGUUCUUGCAGGGCAUGGAUGAGAUCACGGCCAUGACUGGUGAUGGAGUGAACGAUGCCCCUGCCUUGAAGAAGGCAGAGAUUGGCAUCGCCAUGGGGUCUGGCACUGCCGUGGCCAAGUCAGCCUCUGAGAUGGUCCUGGCCGAUGACAACUUCUCUUCCAUCGUGGCGGCUGUGGAGGAGGGCAGAGCCAUCUACAACAACAUGAAGCAGUUCAUCCGCUACCUCAUCUCCUCCAACGUGGGAGAGGUCGUCUGUAUCUUCCUGACGGCUGCUCUGGGCUUCCCUGAGGCUCUGAUCCCAGUUCAGCUGCUGUGGGUCAACCUGGUGACAGACGGUCUCCCUGCCACUGCACUGGGCUUCAACCCCCCCGACCUGGACAUCAUGAACAAGCCCCCCCGCAGCGCCAAGGAGCCCCUCAUCUCCGGAUGGCUCUUCUUCAGAUACCUGGCCAUCGGAUGCUAUGUGGGAGCUGCCACAGUGGGAGCUGCUACCUGGUGGUUCGUGGCCGCUGAGGACGGCCCUAUGAUCUCCCUGUACCAGCUGAGUCACUUCCUGCAGUGUUCCCCUGACAACCCUGACUUCGCCGACCUGGAGUGUCAUGUGUUUGAGUCCCCCUACCCCAUGACCAUGGCCCUGUCUGUGCUUGUCACCAUUGAGAUGUGCAAUGCCCUUAACAGCCUGUCAGAGAACCAGUCACUGCUGCGGAUGCCCCCCUGGGAGAACAUCUGGCUGCUGGGGGCCAUCUGCCUCUCCAUGUCCCUCCACUUCCUCAUCCUCUACGUAGAGCCACUGCCCGUCAUUUUUCAGAUCACCCCUCUGGACCUGACCCAGUGGCUGGUGGUGUUGAAGAUCUCCCUGCCCGUCAUCCUGCUUGAUGAGCUGCUUAAGUUCGUGGCCAGGAACUACCUGGAACCCGGUAACCAGCCAGAGUAUAAGUCAUCCGGCAAAGGCUGGUCCCCUUCUGCAUGCACGGAGGGCAUCUCCUGGCCCUUUGUGGGCAUCACCCUCCCGCUGGUGCUGUGGCUCUACAGCAUCGACACUAACGUGUCUGCCCUGUUCUGGUCCUGACUCCAGCACACAACCCUCUCAAAGCACCAGUGUGAGUGGAGAUUAACACACGUCUAACCCCCCCCCC